AUGGAUUCCGCUGACGGUCAUCACUUGACCCCGACGAAAUCGACUUUAUCACAACGACAGUCGUCAGCACAGCAGCUACAACAUGAAGAUGCACGAAACGGAGAGGUUCACGAGUCCGGGCCAGAUCGGACUACUACUUGUGGCACUCGGGACUGGACCUAUCAGGACGAUCGAUUGAUGCAUGGGAUUCACAACCGUCCACCAACUCCGGAUAUUCGACGAAGUGAUCUGGAUUUGGCUGAUCUGUCGAACGGCACUCGAGUUCUAGUCAUCCAAGACACGCAUCUUCGUGCCGGCACGUUAUUUUUGGGAUCAUCCAGUUCCACCAGCUCACCCAGUCCUAUCGCUCUGCCCCCAAGUUCACUGAGAGAUCAAUUAUUCCGCAUUCAGUUGGACUCGGAACGACCAGCAGCGCAUCCCGGCAGUCCUCGGUUCACCUCACUCCCAUCUCCAUCACGCAUUAGUCUGACCCCGGGGCGUCGGAUUUCAUCUCCCGCGUGGGCUACUAGCACGAAUGGUGGAGCGUUUGGUUCUACAACGAUCUCCACUGGGACCGCUGGGACGCCGAAGAAACGUCGCCAGAGUGAUUUGAUCCUAUACGGCUGGCAGGUGGUACAGCAAGCCGUACUUGAAGUGUUCCCCGCAUCUGUGCGUCAUGUUCCUCCGGGGACAAGGGUUUGUGCAGCUUGGAGCGAACAGCUGGCUGCCGAUCUCUAUCCUGGCACCGUGGCACAAGCCGAACCAAAAGAAGAAAUCCAACCGAACUGUGUCCCGGUCAGUUUCGAUGACGGUGAUCGACGCCAGGUUUCAGUUCCGCAUAUUCGCAUUCUCCCCGAUCAUUUUACCAAUCUGUACGAACUAGCCUCAGUCACAAACGAUCCGGGAGGUCUGGGUCGAAGUGAUUUGUUGCCCUCGGUCACGGAUUUCAACUUGGGGGUGACCAGUCGUCAAUCCGAUGUGGACCAGGCUGCGUUGAACGGGGCUGAGAGUGCACGACCAACCACGACAGGACGCGUACGUCAUCACAGCGCGAUCGAUCAACCCUGUACGCGGAUGAAUUCGUCCAAUCUGACCGAGUUUAUCCGAUCCAAACGAGCGGCUCGUACCGUACAACGUGUACCCAGUAUAUCAGUUCAGAGGGAGAGAAAGUCAGAACCACCAGAUUCCCCAAUGGAUCAGGUCAAGUUCGAAUCCGUAUCAGAUAAGAAAGAAGCGUCCUGUUCCAGCGCAAGGUAUCCCACGGAGCCUACCAUCUCAGGACAACCUUCAUCUUUCGAACGCGUCUCGUCACCCGCUUCCUGUUCAUCCUCGCAAAAACGCCGACAUCCCUCCGCCAUCAGUCCCACACUGUCCGCCUUAGAAGAAUGCCCUAGUGAUGAACAAUCUGUUCCGAACUCAGGUGAUGCCCACAUGCACGACGAAGCAUUCCGGACAACCAAACUACCACUGAUCUCUACCCCUGACGAACCAAGUGCUGAAUGCAACUUGAAUCGCCUAGAUCGACAUAGUAGUCCGUUGAUGGAUAAUGAAGUCCUAUCAGACACAGUGUCAACGACGAGUAGCGCUAGUGAACAGCAGCCUGUCUGGCACAUAUUAGAUAAAGUUCGUCGCCGUAAACAGCGCGGCGUCUCAUGUCGAUCGAUUGUCCGACAAACGGACGGCCUGAUCAUAUCCAUCGGGGAUUCUGUCGAGUUCAGCUCGGGCCACGAUGAAGUUUAUUUGGGUGAGGUUCGAGCAAUACGUUGGGACGAUCUGAUGGACGCGCCCGUGGUGAUUGCUGCCUGGUACUACAACAUGAGUGAAGCCGGCGCGGACGGCGAACGGUUGAUGCAAUUCAAAGGGGCUGUUUUCGCCACGGAACAUCACGAUGAGAAUGAGGCCCGAUGCAUUUUGCGUCGUGUCCACGUGGCACCAUCGUACGCGGCCUAUCAAACCUUGAUGCAUGCAGCCGGGUGUGAAAAUGGACAGACAGAAAAUGCUGGCUCGAAACCGACCGUUAAACCCGAUCCGGAUGCUGUCGAAGUGAGUGCGCGCGCUCCCUUUGGUUUAUUUGUAAUUAGCCAUGCAAAUCUUUUCCGUUUUGUCCUCUCCGGUUGA